CUACUCCCCAGUCCCCACCUAGUUUUACGCUAUCAGCUUCCCAUUUCUCUCUCUUGCUUUUUUCACUGCACACGCAAAACACCUUGUCAGUUGUCACUCCCCCAACACUUUCCACCACCCCUCCUCCACCCCAUCAACCACCGCGUUUCCAUCGGCAGAGACGUUCCUCCGCCGUCGUUUCCACAAUAGGAUCAAUAUGAAACGAGGAGCUGGAGAAGUUUGUACCGAUAACUAUAUGAGCAGCAAACGGAUAAAAUUUUCCGACGGAGGAGGAGAAAGGGCAAGAAUCUUUGAUUUUUCUGAUCCAUCCGCAGUUCCAGAACUAUUAGAUAGCAUCAACUCCGGUAAAUAUGGAAGUGUUACAAAAGAUGUUGAAGCAUUGGUUGCACGAAAGAUGCAAAUUAUGAAUUGUCUAUAUACGAUAUCUCCUGAUCUCGAAUUCAAAUCACUGGAUACAAGAUAUGAUGCAAAUGGAGAAGUGUCGGGUCUAAUGAGUAACAAUGUUGUUGAUUUGGACAGUCUUGAGGCUAAAUGUAUUACUCCAAGACAUGACCCCGUGUUAAUAAUUGAGUCGGAUGAAGAGGAGGAUGUUGGUAAAAAAUGUUCCCUUCACUUCGAAGAGAUUGCCUUACCCAGGCCUCCGCCUACUAAUAUUGAACUCCAUGCGCAGACCUUGCGGGAUGACUAUCUUACGGAUGUCAAAACUGUCAAUAUUUCCAAAAGAGAGGAGAAAAAAAAGGCAGAGGAGAAAAGAAAAGUAGAGGAGAUAGUAACUGACAAGGUGAAAGACAAAGGUACUUAUGUGGGUAUUGAAGAUGAGUUGAAUGAAGAUCAUGGAUCUACUGCUGAAGAUGAAGAUCUGUCUGAUAUGUGGAAUGAAAUGAAUUUCGCUCUAGAAUCUUCAAAGGAUGUUCCAGUUGAUCAAUCAGGCGAUGAGCAAUCAGUGGAAGAGGAUGAGGGCUGUGAUCAUUCAUAUGUCCUCAAAGACGAUAUUGGUUAUGUGUGCCGUGUUUGUGGAGUCAUUAAGAGGGCAAUUGAGACUAUAUUUGAUUUCCAGUAUAUAAAGGCUGCUCGGGUGAGAAGCUACAGGUCUGAUUCUCGUUCUAACAGAGAUAAUGAUGACACAGACAUCAAUCUGGAUGGGAUUAAGCUGCCUGGACAUGAUUUGGCAGUGACUGAAAUCUCUGCUCAUCCUAGGCAUAGGAAGCAAAUGAAGCCUCACCAGUUAGAGGGAUUUAACUUCUUAUUGAGCAACUUAAUAACUGAGAAUCCUGGUGGUUGCAUCUUGGCCCAUGCUCCUGGCUCAGGAAAGACUUUUAUGAUUAUCAGUUUCAUGCAGAGUUUUCUUGCCCAGUAUCCAGAUGCUAGGCCACUGGUUGUUCUUCCAAAGGGAAUCCUUCCUACAUGGAAAAAGGAGUUUCAAAGAUGGCAAGUGGAGGACAUUCCCUUACUGGAUUUCUAUUCCAAGAAAGCUGAUAAUAGGUUUCAACAAAAGGCAGUCCUUGGACAGUGGGUAGAGAAGAGGAGCAUACUAUUUCUGGGGUACAAGCAGUUCUCUACUAUUGUCACUGGUGACAGCUCGUGCAAGGCAACUGCUUAUUGCCAGGAGGUACUGCUGAAGCGCCCUAGCAUCCUUAUCUUGGAUGAAGGUCACACUCCCCGAAAUGAGAACACUGAUGUGCUGCAUUCACUUGCCAAGGUUCAGACUCCAAGGAAGGUAGUGCUAUCUGGCACGCUUUACCAAAAUCACGUCAAAGAGGUUUUCACCAUCUUAAAUCUUGUCCGUCCAAAAUUUCUGAAGCAGGACGCUACCCGGAGUAUAAAGAAACGUAUCCUCAGUAUAGUGCAGUUUAGUGGGUUCAAGAAGCAGUUGAAAGGAGGGAAUGUUGAGAGCAACUUUUUUGACCUUGUUGAAUACACCCUUCAGCAGGAUGAAGAUUGGAAAAGAAAGGAGAAUCUUAUAAAAGAUCUUAGGGAGAUGACAAGCAAGGUAUUGCAUUACUACAGGGGAGACUUCUUGGAUGAUCUUCCAGGACUUGUAGACUUUACUGUACUUCUUGGUCUGAGCCCUCCACAGAAAGUCGAAGUUGACAGGCUGAAGAAGUGGGAGAAAACAAAAUUUAGAAAAUCCUCAUUGGGUUGUGCAGUCUACACGCACCCAAAGCUCAAACAGUUUUCAGAUAAUAAUCCUGGUUCUGAAAAACGUACGCUGCAGUAUGAUGCCAAGAUUGACGAGUUGGUAGAAAGGAUAGAUAUAAGAGAUGGUGUGAAAGCAAAAUUCUUCCUCAACAUGUUGGGAUUAUGUGAAAGUGCGGGUGAGAAGCUACUAGUGUUUAGCCAGUACUUAUUGCCUUUGAAUUUUUUGGAACGAUUAGCUGUCCAUAGGAAGGGUUGGUCUGUUGGUAGAGAGAUAUUCAUGAUAUGUGGCGAUACAUCUACUGAGCAGCGAGAAUUACAUAUGGAACAGUUCAAUAACUCCCCUGAUGCACGUGUCUUUUUUGGGUCAAUCAAAGCUUGUGGAGAAGGAAUUUCUCUUGUGGGGGCUUCUCGGAUUAUAAUCUUGGAUGUCCAUCUAAACCCAUCUGUCUCACGCCAAGCCAUAGGGCGUGCGUUUCGCCCUGGCCAGGAGAAAAAGGUUUUUGUUUAUAGACUGAUUGCUGCAGACUCCCCUGAAGAGGAAGACCAUCUCACAUGUUUCAAGAAGGAACAAAUUGCAAAAAGGUGGUUUGAAUGGAAUGAGUACCGUGGAACACAAGACUUUGGUAUAGAGCCAGUUGAUCUAAAGGAAUGUGAUGAUUUGUUCUUGGAGAGUAAGUCGCUAUCUGAGGAUAUAAAGGCUUUGCACCGAAGGUAAAUGGCUGUUGGUUGUAGAAGAAGAUGAUGGAAGAUGUUUAACCCUUUGCUUACUGCAGUCUAACCCUUUGCUUACUGCACAGUUUUAGUUUUUAGCAAUACACAAGUGUGUACACAGGGAGAAUGAGUUUUUGGAAGUAUGAUUUUGGUGGUGCUGUAUAUGUUGAUGACUGUAGUUGGAGAAAGAUUAGGUGUUAAUGUUAUUGUUACUGAAACUUGGAAGUUAUUUGCAACGCGAUCCCGCACCUGCAUUUUGGUACAUGAACUUCUGAAUGUUUAAAUUGUACGCCGUAUAUAUGAACGAGGGAUUGUAGAUUGGGUGUUAUUGUUACUUUGUUAGCACCUGCAUUUUGGUAGACACACUUCUGAAUAUUUAAUCUGUAUAUAUUUAGAUGAAUGUGUUAUGCGAGCUGCACUUUGAAGCA